AUGCCCAGACAGCCAGGUGUGCCAGCUGUAACCACAGGGGAAUCUGAGCCCCCAAGAACCCAAUUUCAGAUAGAAUUCCUGGGGCAGGCAGAGAAGACCUCACUGGUGGAGGGGGCACCAACAUCGUCUCCUAUGUCCCACAGCAAGACACCCAGCAGCCUUCUGGCCCGUGUUCCUUCUGCCAAAAUGGCCCCCAAGCUCAGCCUUGAGCAUCUUCUCCAGCGGCACACUGAGAGGUUUUCUGGGAGCGGAAGGGCUUCACAGGAACGCCGCUGGUCUACUAUGUUCGAGGACUCCAGAACACCUGAAGCUGCCCCUCUGGAUAACUGCAACUCCUCCCCCAGCUGGGAAGCCUCGACAGCCAGGGUCCCUGAUCCUCACAAGCCAGGUCGGCUGACCCAUACUACUUCAGAACAUUCCAGGGUGCCCACAGAGAAGGGAGUGGAGCAGGGAGGUGUCCAGAGAAAGCAGGACUCUCCAGCUAAGGACGCAUUGCGGAUGCGAUCCCGCAGUGUCUCGCGGAGGUCGGCGCCAGUGGAGAGCAGCCCAGAGGGGCCCCUAUCCAGGAUGAGGAGCCGCAGUGCCCACCGAGAGAGGGGCCAACACACCUGGGAGCAGCUGAAGAGGUGCACAAGCGGCGAGGAGAGCAGGGACACCACCACGCUGGUCCGUGAGGCGGACAGCCAGUACGGCACCUGGGAGACAGGCCUGCACACAGAGGACAGCCUGACUCCCGCCACCCCCACCUCCGAAAGCACCGCCAGCCCUUCCCCCCGGAAGCCCACCCCACCACACACACCCAGUGAGCUCAACGCAACUGCUGCAGCAGUAGCAUCCCCCCAGGGGGAGGCGGAGCCUCUGACCUUCCCUGAGCAGGCCUCCACCACUCUGCUGGACUCCAGCGCCCUGCGCUCGCGGGUGCAGCUGAGCAAACGGCGCAGUCGGCGCACCCUCCCCUCGCGCGCAGCCCGGCACAGCGCCACGCUGUCCAUGGUCCAGGAGGGCGCCUCAGACCUCAGCCGAGACUGGAUGUACCGCGACUCCACUGAGGAAAAGGCAGAACGGUCCAAGCAAGCAGAUUCUGCCGCGGAGGAGCCGCUCCGGCCGACAGUGUCCUGCACGCCCAGCUCCCAGCCCCACAGAGCAGCCCUCUUCCCUGGCAUGGACCCCUCUGCUCUCAAAGUUCAGCUCAAGAAGCGCGGGGACCCUGACAAUCAGACUGAUGGGCCUACCCCUGCCCCUUCUCAGCUGUCACGUUCCCCCAAAUCUCCCUUCCUCCCCCGGGCCUCCAGAGUGCUGCCCCCUGCUGGUGGAAAAGAUAAUGAGGAGGAGUCCUCUCCACAGUGGCUGAAGGAGCUGAAGUCGAAGAAGCGCUUUAGUCAGUACGAAAAUGAGGCCUAAUGGACGGUUGCCUUAAAACUAGAGAGUGCAGAAGCUACAGAACAGUGACAUCAGAAGCCUUAACCUUUGACCUGGAUGUGAACAGACCUGUGCUGCUGCUGACGUGACCUCCAUGUCCUUUAACUUCCUGUCGGAUGUCUGAAAUACGUGCAUGGUGCCUUUUUUAAAAGAUAUAUUUUUUUGACGAGAUAAGUUGGAGUAAAACCAGAAACUGCUUUUAUUUUUCCACGCCGAAUCUCCUUGAUCCUUUUACUAUGGGAAGGAUCUCCAAGCCACUUUGCUCUCUCGCCGUGUGGGAUGGAGGACCAGGCUGAGCCACUUCCUGUCUGCGUAUGCCUGCAGUUCUGGAAGGUCUGCUUGAAGGCCCUGAUGCCACGUCCCCCGCAAGCGCUUCCUCAAACUGGAACCACAUUCCAGAAACUUAAAAAACUUUGUUUUCUAUUUUGAUUUAAAUGUGCACAUUUGGUGUAUAUUCGUGGGUGAGAGUUGGCCUGUUCAGCGAAUGGUCACACCAAGUUGCCAUAGUCUCUUUUAUUAUGUCAUAGAGAAAGAAAUCAGCGGCAUAACAACCUGGCGUUCAGCAAAAUGUAAUAACUGUUAUUGUCAGCUGUUUUGUAUGUGUAUUUUUUGCUGAUUUAAAAGUGUAAAUGUUACUCAAAUGCAGAAAAAAAUGUAGCCAGUGAAAUACGUUUAUAAUGGAACCAUCCAUAGCAGUCAUUGUAACUGUCGCAGUAGGAAUUAGUGAUUUUUAUCGCUCAGAUGCAACCAAGCAAAAUUAGCUUUAGUACAAGAAGCAAAUGGCUGCCUUGUCAUGAACUGAUUCCGCUUCUGAAGAGAAAUAAAGAGCUGUAUGCUGGGACCCUGGUCAGUUUGUUAUUCCUUUAGGAAUCUAGCUAAGAUGGAGAAUGGUGAGCUGAGCACAGCGUCUGGACAGCUUCAGAGGCUCUUCCAUGAUACAGACAUGAGUAUGGGGGCUGCUUGUGAGGUUUGGAUUACACCUGUGCUGUGACGUUAUUUCACAGGGAAGUUGAAUGUGACCCAUAGUGAGCGGAAGGCUUGACACUCUGCAUCUUGGCUUUGAUCAUGUGUGUUACCACCCCAGUACAGCAGGUGGCAGUGUGUGUUCUUGCCUGCUCUUGGAUGUAAUUUUUGUUUAGCAAAAGUGGUGAUGUGGAGGCAAUAGCAACAUUCUUUGAAAAUUAAGUGAUUGUGACAUUAGGCAAUGAUCAUGUUGCUGCAGUUUAUACUGCAGAAUGAUUCCAAAUUCACGAUGCGCUGCCCUCAUAAAGAAUAUAUGUGAAACCAUUUGACACAGUAAACCACAUCUGAAGGGAAGCUAUGGCAGGAGUUCGGACCACAGAGUUAGGAACUAGUUUACAGGGCCAUAGGACUGACAUAAGCUGUGGCCUUAACUCUUGGUCUGUUACUGCACUUAGGGUUCAUCAGCUGACAGCGAGCAAAUCGUGUCCUUGGUGAUUAUGCAACAGAGCCCCCUAGUGGCUAGUCUAAUAAAUGGGCUAAACAAUAUGCACAGAUCUGGCUGGGUUACCAGUGGGCCACCCUUUGUACGCACUGCCUGAUGUCAAAAUGUAUAUUGUUACUAUCCUUUUUAAUAAGCAGAGGCGUGACUGAGAGGCACCAGGGAGUGGAUGGCAGGAAUCAGGCUGCGGGCGGUUGUGAGCGUCUAAUCACGGUGCGUCAUUAGCACCCGGGCGAUGACGGAGUCUGUGUUAGAGCUACAAGACUUCCAGACUGCUGUAACUCCUGGAUGGGAAAAGGCUACAUUGUCAGGGACUUAUUUGCAAAAUAAUAUGCUGACUGCUACUGGGUGCAGUACGAAUGCUAUAAAUUAUUAAAGUUUACCAUAAAGUUUAGAGAGAGAAAUGCCUUGAAUAUCUGUCCAAAAGAAAUGUAUAGAUUGAUGGCCUGGGAUUAAAACUAACUUCUAAUUGUUUUGCUGCCUUGUUUAAUUUUCUUGACUAUUGACUUUACUGCUAUGCUUUCCAAAGAAAACAGCUGCAGAUCCUCCCCUUCCUGCUCUGAAAAUUCCAGUAAGCACUUUGAAGCUGUUGAUUGACAACAGAAGUGACCAAGUCUUCUUUCAGCAGCAUAUCCCGCCUUCCAUGUUGCUGGUCGUCAGGUGUUGGAAUGCUGACAAUCUCGCCUUGCCAAUGUGUUUUGCUUUCCCUUUGGAGUUUGUGGUCCGUCUCGCAUGUAUAACUUAUGUGUUUUUACUCCUUAGUGCCAUUUUGUCAGUCUGGGGGAAACUUCCUUACCUUGUGAUAUUACAAAAUGUGUCUGUUCCUAAAUAAAAUUUCCUGUAACUUUG